UCUGAUUUCAGCUGAAGGGUUUGAGCAGAUUUGCAGAGAAGUUGGGCUGUUUCUUUCCCCCCGGGCGCAGCAGCAGGAGGCAAAUCCCACUGCCACAGCCGAAAAUAAGUUUCUGCAAAACAAGCAGUGACUGGAAUAAUUAAUUAAAGAAAAAAAGGGAAAAAAAAGGGGGUUGAGCUCCCUGCCUGUCUUUUGGCUUCUCCUUGAGAAACUUCAUCUGCUCCAGCCAUGAUGUCUUCUACUGCUCCCUGAGCCUUUCUGUGGCAGCCUGGCACCUCACAAAGGUGCCCGUGCCAUGUUGGGGUUAGGGCAGAUCCCAAACAAUGCUCCCAGCCAGGGGUCAGGCUCUCAGUAGAGCCUCUUGGUGGUUGUGCACUCCUCAGGGGCUGAAGGCUUCUCAAAGGUGGGAAAUGGAAUUAAUUCAGAGAGAGUUUCAGGCUUAUGUGUCUGCCUGCCUGCUGAUCUGUGCUGUGGUCCCAAACAAAACUUUGAGGCUGACAUGUGGGGAAAACAUCAGCCCUUCAACCCUCAGCUGGAAAUGACCCCAGCUGCUUCAAAUCCUUCUCCACGUUGUGAAAUCAGAGGUGGUGUGGGAGGUGGCUUUGUUCUGAUCCUUCCAGUCCGAGCCCUUCUGGGUUCUGUGAACCACAGCCAGACUGCGUGGGCACACAGCAGAGCUCCCAGGGCACUCAGGGUGAGAAGUGACCCCUGCAAUCACCCAGUCCAACCCUGGCCAAGGCAGGUGACACAGGAACACGUCCAGGUGGGAGUUCACAGGUUGCUCACCUACAUCUUCAUCUACGAGGACCUGGCCUCCCUGGCCUGUGGUGCUGUGAUCACCUGGUACUUUGCUGGCAGCUUUGAGAAGAACGUGGGCACAGUGAAGCACUGCGUCCUCACCGCCGCCUUCUCCGUGCUCUCUGCCCUCCUCUUCCUCCUCCUCCAGCCCCUGGCCUCCAGGCUGCUGGAAGUGGGGGAUGCCAAAGGGUUCCUGCCAGUGGCUUUUGCCAUGCUGGGGGUUUCCACCACGCGCUCACGCCUCAGGAGGACUCUGCUCUUUGGCUGCAGAGUUCCUGUGCUGCUGGUGCCGUGGCUGGGGCUCUGCCUGGCCUGCUUUGUCCCCCACUCUUCCCUCCUGGGGAACCUGUGUGGGCUCCUGGUUGGGGAGGCCUAUGGUCUUGGCUACUGUUUCUGCUUGGAUUUUCCAGAGUCUGUGGGCUCUAAGCUGGACCGGGUGUUCCCUUUCACUCUGCUGAAGAGGAUUCCAGGGCUGAAAUACAUCCCAGGCUCCUCAGCAGAGAGAAGAGCCUCUGCAAACAGCAUGAUUAAGGCUGUGCCUGGCACUUACCCCACCCAGAGCCACCACUGCCCUUCCCCUCCGGCUCCUCCUGCUGGCCCCGGGGCUCAGAGCCAGGGCUUUCAUCACAGCCACGCUCACCAGGGACACCCGGCACCUCAGCAGGGCCCUGCUGCAGGACACAGCCUCAGCUCUUCCCUCUGCCAGGCCAGAGGUGCCUUUGGAGAGCGCCCUGGGCAGGCCCAGGCUGGAGCCUCACCAGGACAGUGCUGCCAGCUGGGCAGAUUGUCUGUGCCACAGCGUGUGUGCCCGCCUCAGGCACAGCCACCCACAGCCACGGGCCUUCUGGCUGCUGCUCAGCAAGCUCCAGGGUGUCCAGCAGCCCCAGUGACCCCUGCUGCAGCUGAAUUUACCAGAGUCCAGGUGUACUGAUCCUCCAGAGAGCAGCAGGGCUCACACGGGGCAGGGCUGCUGUGUGAGCUUGCAGUGCAUUGCUGGAUCUGUGCUGUGCCUGGGUGAGUGUUGGUACCUCCAGUGAAGGCCAUUCCCCUGCUCCCUGGCACAGUCUACUUGAAUUAUAUUUCCUUCAUAAUUUUUUAUUAACCUUUUGAUGUGGCUGGAGGAUGGGAACUGUAUCACCUCUGUGAACUUCUCAUCCUUUUUCUUCUUUGCUGCAUUUAGCAGCUGCCUUUUGCCACAAGUCCACUGGAGUUCCAGUGCAGCAGCUCCCCAGGCCAAGGCAGGAACCUCAGUGGCAAAACACUGAGCAGAUCUGGGGUUUAGCUAAGCUGCAGCAAUAAGCACUUCCCAUUUACAUUCCUGUCUUUUUUUACAGGUGUGAUGUAGCUAGAGCCCAAAAGAGUGGGAAUCAUAUGAGCCUUAGUUUGUAACUUAAAAUUAAAUGGAGGAGGACAAUGUCUGUUGUACUGGUGACUUGUCCACUUGAGAGAGUGCUUUGAAGGGGGCUUGUUACACCAGCCUGGGGCAAGAGGAUAGAAUACAGAGUGCCUUCUGCUCCAAAACACAGCUCUAGAUGCUGAAGGUCCUAUGCCUGCAUCCAUGGAUUGCCUUCAUUUUUUGAGAGCAUUGCACCAGCUCAGCCUGUAGCACCAGCACCUGGCAACCUCAGAUGCCUGUGAAGUAGUGAGGGACUUUUCAGUAAGGGAUUUUGGCCCUUUGUGGAGCAAAUAUUUAUAAAUCCAAGGAGCUGGGAGGGACCUUAACAAUGGGUUAGAAGAAUUAAGUGGAAUGUAGCAGUGCUGUUGGGGGUGUUCACACUGCUCAGCUUUAGAAAUCUCACCCACCAAUAUUAGCACAAUCUCUUUUUUCAGAGCUGUGGGCAGGUGUGUGGGAGAGGGGAGUUUUCAGCCAGGGAUUUACAAUAGGAUUCACUGUUUGGUGCCUGAGGCUGUAAUGAAGGAGUUUGUCCAGUUGCUGGGAUUUGAGCUUUAUUCCCAGUUAUGUAGCCCACUGUACAGUGCCCAGGAGGAAUCUGCUGUCUCUGUGUCUGUAAAUCAGCCAGGAUCUCAACAAUUGCCCUUGACUCUACUGGGAGUUUUGCUGUGCUCCAUGAAAAAGUGCUCCAAUAAGCACAAAGUGCCAUUCCUGCUCCUGGAGGUGUCCUUGCAGUGCCUCACCCAUCCCCAGAAGCUCAACAGCCUCGGGGCUCCUCCCUGCUCUCCGUGAGCCUGGCCAGAGGCAGCUCUGGCACAUUCCAAACCACAUCCCUGCCUCUUCCAAUUUUCCAUAUCAGGGUGUGAACAAGCCCUGUGUUGUCAUCCAGCUGCUUUACUUCUCCAGCAGCCCCUCUGGAAUGACUGCCAUGGUCCCAUGUGGGAUGCAGGGGCUUCCUUCUGGAGCUGACCAAAGGCAGUGCUGAGGACUUGCACCUCACAGUAAGACAUGAGUAAGAUGCUCUUCUUGUGAGGGUGAGCACCCCAGGCAGGGCUUUCAGCAGGAGGAUGCAGCAACUUGGGAACCAACUUGGAUUUGGGGGACAGCUCUGUUUAUACCCGAUCAUUUCCUCUGUGGGAUCACAAAAAUAUUUAAUUUAAUGAUCCUGUUUUUCCUGCUGACAGCAAUUGCAUUUUUAUACUUUUAGUGUGGAUCAAGAGCAGGAUAAGGAGCUUGUUUGGAAUUCAAAAGCAUGUUUUUAAUACCAGGAAAGAAAUGCUAGAGAUAACAUUGAAAUGUUGACACUCCACUCCUGUUAGUGCCUUGAUUUUCCCUCCUUGUGAAAUCCUUGCCUGUAAACUUGGGAAUUUUACCACUGAUUUUUUCCAGAAGGGUGAUGAGGAUCAAUAGCAAUCACAAAUGUUGUGUGUCUCCAAACUGUAAACUUGAAAUAGAAUCUGAAAGACA